UCUGGAUACAAGGGGGGGGGAUAUACUAGUAGUAAUUGCCUCUUUCGUUCUAUUCGUCGGGGGAAGAGGGUAGGUUAUUGAUUUGUUUGCUGAUUGGUUGAUUGCAUCGUGCGCGUCAAGUGAAGUUUUUUGUCAGUCUGAUUUGGAAAGCGAUGCACGCAUUUCAGAGCCAUCUCGGGGGAAGAGGAGGAGCAGUGGGAGGUGGAGGAUAUGGAGUAUCACCGCUUGUCGGCGAUGGCCUCGUGGCGCCCCCCAUGAAGGAGCGCAGCAGGAGGCUGUCGGGGUGGGUGGAGACCAACACCACUAACAGCGAUAAACAAAGUGUUGGGACUUCCUCUCCCUUGUUUGAACCCAGCAGACUGCGGCAGAGGUCGACGUCGAUGUUCGUUGGCGGCGCGCACGAUGCAUUACUGCAGAGGAUGCGCGGAGGGAGACCAGGUACAUCGGGCGGACCAGGUACACCGACGAGUGUAGUAGGUCGAAUGCAGGAUGGACGGCCGAGAUCUCAUGGGUUGCCUGGAUUUGGGGGGGCGGGAGGGGGAGGGGGAGGGGGAGGGGGAGGGAUCUUAGGAGCGGGGGCCGAUCCUCUUGGACUUGGCGGAGGUGGCGGCGGCGGAGAUUUCCGCAUGUUUUUGUCGCCUCCCCCGGCGGGGGGGUGGGGAAGAGGAGGCGCGGGCGGCGGAGGAAAAGCGGUCGAGAAAGGGGGAGAGGGGAGCAGAACGCAGUUGACUUCGCUUGCCGAGGAGAGCGUUAUGGAACGAGGUGGCGGGAAACGAGGAGGGGGGGGGGAGAAUCAGCGGAGCAGCAGUCGUGGGUCGAUGGUUUCCCGCCUUUCGCGGACACAUCUCAUUGAUCGCAAGGCAACAGAGUAUUCCAAGAAACAGCACGGCGUGUGGUCCGCGUACGGCAAGCCGUAUGUUUGCCACGGGGUGCCGCUGCUGCUACCGAGGCACUAUCCGUUUCCUAACAGAGGUGACGGGAAAGAGCAGAAAUUCCCUACCUUUGCAGAGCUCCUACGGCCAGGAACUGGAUUUGGACUUGGGGAUGAACUAGAGAGGUCUCAGCGAUUGCGGCAGGAUUUUGCACGGGCAGAGCCGGUUUCUGACGAAUUUGCCCCCCGGGCAACAAUUACGCUUGCGAGGGAUCUACAGAACUGCAAGUUUCCAAGGGAUGCAAUUCAGAAUGCGGAGUUUGCGAAGACUAGGACAAAGCAAGGUAUGCCCUUGCUGGUUGGCAAUUCAGAAGGCUCAGGAGAAGUGCCGCCAACACCAAAGACUCCUGCCUCAGAAGCCCCUGAUGUGCAUCAUAGGGCCACACUGGCAAAACAUGGGGAAAUGCCAAGAGCUGCGUCAACUGGUCCAAUUCAGAUUUCACCUCUAUCUUUGGAUGAAAAUAGAACAGCGUUGCUAAGUAUGAUCGAUAAUAACCGUCAGCAAUCGACACGUUCACGAUGGAGCACACAGGCAGUCAUUCAGACUCCAAAACACAGAUAUCCACCACUCAACAUGAACCUUCGCGUUUCGACAAACAGAAGACGCCAAUUCUCUUUGUUGAAGCACAGCCAGGCAGCAGAGAUGGUGCUCACUAUGGCACAUGUGGCGAACCAAUGGAAGGUCUUGGAUUGGCGGAGAGAGUUUAUCCGUGCUGGAACUACGAUACGGAGGGAGCUUCUGAGGAAGCUGAAGCAAAAGGAGUUGCGGAGGGAGAAGAUCCAAGCGUCAUCAUCUUUCGAUGCAGGAGUCGUUGAUGUCGUACUUGCUCAUCUUCAACAUAACCCUAUUGGCCAGAGGAUUUCCCGGACAAGGCAUUGCUGGAAUAUUGCACAGGCAGGUCACAAGCCUGGAAUGACCAAUGCGGAUGACUUCAUCUCUGAAGAGGCACGGAGGAUCUUCUUCUUCUAUACACACCUCUGCUCGCUGGCGUCAGUUCGCAGAGCUUCAGAUCCUUUGGUGGAUAUCAUCGUUCACAAAGUCAAAAUGUUGUUGGAAAGCGGCGAAAAAUUGGGGAGGAAUCUGCUUGUGCAGUUAUGCCAUUAUCUUACGACAUUGCCACAUAAAGUCCCAGUGAACAGAAACCCGUACGCGUUGCCGCUUUUGCAGUACAUAAGGAAGGAGGUGCAAUUGUCAGUCACUGAGUUCACAUACAUGCUGAGGACCCUCAGGAUCCUAUGCGAAGCACAGACGGUGGAAGAACCCAGAAGAGACUAUAAUGGGUACACAACGUCAAUCACUCGGCCACCUCGGCAGUAGAGUUCUGGGCUGUAGAAUUAUUCUGGUGAGAGCAUUGCAGAGAGCGCGUAGGAGGGAGAGACGAAGACUCAUCGUCGUCCAAAGGAGCGUGUGCAGAUGACCUAUUGUGCGAAGCGAACAGCAUUGCGAUUGUGUGUUGAUGGUGACUAAUCAGUGGAAUAAGCAGUACUGUUUCCGCCGGCCCGAUAGUGGUUCUAUAUAUAUAACUCCGACGAAACAGUUUGUCACAGCCCCUCGUUUGUUGUCCUCUUCUCCCUCUCUGCCUACGGUUUACCGGGCAGUUCUAUUUGACGAUAUAUAUAUAUUAUAUAUUAUAUGUAUAUAUGUAUGUAUGUAUAUAUGUAUAUAUGUAUACUGGCUUUUACUCUACGCAAGUCUACGACUUUUGUUGCUUAUUCAGUCCCCGGAACACGAGCUUUCCAGCCAGCGGACAGCGAAGGCGCAGAAGGGACAAGUAAAGCGCUUCUGUAAUU